GAAACUCGCUUUUUUUUCCCUCUCCCUCCCUUGUUGUUUUAUUGCCCUCGUACCAGUCAGUCAGUCUGGCUCCGCGGUUCAAGGCUUCGUUGGACUGGUUUCCUGCGUGCGAGAUAAUCCAUUUACCGCGCCAUGAGUGCAGCAUGGCUUUCGUCGCCCGUGGUGCUUACGGGCAUGCGCAUGUCCACGUGUGGCACAAAGACAGCAGAGGAGUGCGCGUGGUAUAGAAAGCGCUGGCACUUUUGGUACAUUGCAGACCAUGUGUUUGCACUGCCGACUGUCGCCUUUUUCAUGUGCGCGAUUGGAAUUUUCAUCAUUGCAAACAUCUUCUCGUCGCUGUUUCUGCGACACAAAAAAGCGCAGCGCAAGUCCGUCUGGCGGAAAGGUCUGGCCGUGUCACGGUACUUGUCGUAUCGCGGGUUCCACGUCGGACGGUUGCAGUGGAACUCUGCUCCCGUCGGCGUGCUGCUACUCGGGGCCGCAGGAACGAUAUUCUUCUUUUGCAUGGAUCUAGCACCGCAGCCGUACUACUGGGCUAGCAAAAAGUUUGGCAAUUCUCCGCCGUUGGCCACGCGCUCGGGAUGGCUGGCGCUAGGCUGUAUGCCGUUUAUCUUUGCUACUGCGAGCAAAACAAACUGGAUCACACUGCUCACCGGAGUGUCGUAUGAACGGCUCCAAGUGUUCCACCGAUGGAUCUCAUACGCAUUCUUCGUCCUGGCUCUCCUACACACGUUCCCCUUCAUCGUGUACCACGUCCACUGGCACGACAUGGAACACCACUUUACCAACAACCUGCUAUUCUACUGGACAGGAAUCGUAGCAAUCGUCUUUCAAGCCUGGCUUACCUUUAUGUCGCACAGCACCAUCCGUAGAAACUUUGGAUACGAGUUCUUCAAAGCAACCCACUUCUUCGCCGUGGUAAUCUUCAUACUGACUUUCUUCUGGCACUGCGACCACACGCUAACCAGCUGGCACUAUUUCGUCGCCACGGCCGCCGUCUACGUCCCGUGCUUUGUUUUUCCCGUGCUACGCACCGUCUUCGAGUACAAGGGGACACAGCAAGCGCGAGUAUCAGUAGAGGGCAACGGUUUCACCAGAAUCAGUAUCCCGGCACGAUGCGAAUAUUGGUCACCGGGCCAACACUGCUUCCUGCGCUUCACCGGCUUCGGUUUCCUCGAUGCUCUCUCCGCUCACCCGUUUACCAUUUGCUCGCUACCGCCUAGCCGGCCGGGCGAUGCUGCUGAACUGGUGUUUUAUAUCCGCCACCAAGCAGGCUUCACGCAGAAGCUGUAUCAGCACGCGCUCACCAAGCCCGACGGUACGAUUCCCGUCAUCGUAGACGGGCCGUACGGCGGCGCGAGUUCGCUCAAGCUGCGGACUGCAGACCGGCUUCUCGUUAUCGCUGGCGGGUCGGGCGCAGGCUGGUGUCUACCGUUUCUGGAACACUUUUUGCGUUCGACGUCGAGCUUCCACGACGAGGAGCUGGGCAAGGACGAAGCCAACAGCCACCCAACGUCUUCUUCUCCAGGCUCAAAAUACACAUCUCUACGCAUGGUCCUCGUAACGCGCGACGCGAGAAGCCGACUAUGGUUCGAGCAAGCCGUCCAGCGCCUCCUCGCCCGCUUCCCAACUGCACAUGCCUCCGCAAUCGAAAUCCAAGUCUACCUUACUGGCUCCGGCACCACAUCCGAAACAACAGCACCACCACCCGACUUCCCCGAGAAAACCGGAGCAGAACCAGCAACGCGCCCCGUCGGCGCAGAAUCCUCCUCCACAGCCAGCGACAAGGAACUCGAAACCAGAGGCGCAAGUCCCGCUGCCAAUACCACAAGCAAAGAGUACACAGGCCGCCCAGCACUACCCGUGCUUGUACGCGAAGAAGCCGCCAAAGCAGCAGAUGCACAGGAAAUCCUCAAUGUAUAUGUGUGUGGGCCGGCCACCAUGCAGAAUGAUAUCCGCAAUGCAGUUGCGGGGGAGAACCUGCGUAUUUUGGGGGGUGCUGUGGGUACCGUUGGUGUGUAUUUGCAUUCUGAGCAUUUUUCGUGGGCGUAG